AUGGAGAAAGGACGUCAAGACAAGCUUCAACGUGUCCAAGGGCACCGCUCUUCUAAAGGCUGCCAGACCUGCAAACAUCCAAACCCUCCUCCUACCCCUACCAAGUUCGUGGCGUUUACGCUUACCAAGACACCGGCUCCAGCUUUACAACUUCCACCCUACGAGCGGCGAACACUCCAUCAUUUUCAAAGUCGCACCCUCCACCAAAUUCAGGGGCCGUUCAAAUCCGAUUUUUGGUCCGUCAUCGUGCCUCAGCUAGUGCAACAUGAUGCGAUUGUCCGUUAUGCUGUCUUCGCGUUGAGUCAAAUGCAUGAACACUACCUGGAUCAAGCAUUCGCCGUGUCGAGUUCAAUCAACUAUGCUCUGCAUUACUAUCAGAAAGCCCUACGACAGAUCGUGAGGCUCAAAUCGCCAGAUGCCUCGUUUGAUUCAAUUCUGAUUGCAUGUAUGGUCUUCUGUGUUUUUGAAAGCCUGCGAGGGGGAUUUGACGAGGCUACACAGCACGCCGUUGCCGGUGUCAAUAUAAUCGCAAGCCGGAAAAGCGCCGGCUCGUCGCGUGAUAGCACGUCUGCCAUUUCGAACGACAUACUAUUACAGCUAUGCUUAUUACUUCAAGGGCAGGUUAUGGAGGCAAAUAGCGACGAAUAUCGCACAUGGCAUCCGGAUUUACUCAAGAACCUGGACGUCAUUCCGGCCACGUUUGCAAGUGUGGAACACGCCUUGCCAUAUCUUCAGAUAAUAUCUUAUCAGGUCAUCCACCUUUUCGACAUUGCCGAAACACAUCACAAGACCGAAACCUGGAUUCCCUCCUCAGUUUCACCAAUGUUACUGGCCGAAUACACCACUCUCCGUACGAAUUUCGACGCCUGGAGCCGCGCGGCCUCGCAAAUCGAGAGCAUAGUCCGCAACGAAAGUGGUGACCAGUAUCAAGGAUAUCUGAUUCUCCAAAUAUUUCGGGCCUCCCUCAAGAUAGAUCUGGAGGUUUUUGUUCACGGCGAAACAGUCUACGAUGACUUCAAAGCGGACAACUUCGGCAUCCUGAAACUCGUCGAAGUACUGUUUCAAGUCCAAGGAGGCAGCGAUAGGCCAAGAGAUCCAAUAUCUCCACAGACAGGAGCCUACUCGCUCAGUCGUGCAGCCGCUCCGUUCACGUUCACAUCAACACUCGGCAUUGUGUCGCUGCUGUUUGAGAUCGCCACGCGGACCAACGAUUCGAUGCUGCGUAACGAAGCAUUGCAACUGAUGCGUCUGUCGAACAGGAGAGAAGGGAUCUGGGACAGUCGCGUCGCAGCCCUUCUGGCGGAGAAAGUGGUUCUGCUAAAGCAACGGGGCAAUGCAGCAGCUGAGGAGGAUCAACACAGCGGUUUCAGGUUCAUUGUCACUGACAUCCAGCUUCUGUCUGAUCAGAAGUGCAAACUAACCUAUGGGUUCAAGCGGAACCAACCAGGCACUUUCAAAUCAUUUUGGCUGGAGUCUAUUGCACCUGAAGAAGGCUCGUUGCAGACAGAAGUUAUAGAGAUAAGUUGA